UCCCCAACUACGGGAUGUAGACCGAGCCCAGCCAGCAGCCUCCAAAUCCAGCCACUGGCUGUCCCGGGGCGCAGACACCAAGGCCACUCAGGCCAGGGCAGGGACCCUGGCCGGCCUAGCCAGUUCUCAUCCCCAUGGCCCCAGCCGGCCACUGAGCCCCACCAUGGGUGGCUUAUACUCAGAGUACCUCAAUUCUGAGAAGGUUGUGGAACACUACAAUUACACCAAAGAGACGCUGGACAUGCAGGAGACAUCCUCCCGCAAGGUGGCCUCGGCUUUCAUCAUCCUCCUGUGCUGUGCCAUCGUGGUGGAGAACCUCCUGGUGCUGAUUGCAGUGGCAAGGAACAGCAAGUUACACUCAGCAAUGUACCUGUUUCUUGGCAACCUGGCAGCCUCCGACCUUCUGGCAGGUGUGGCCUUUGUGGCCAACACCUUGCUCUCGGGCCCUGUCACUCUGUCACUGACUCCUUUGCAGUGGUUCGCCCGAGAGGGUUCAGCCUUCAUCACUCUCUCUGCCUCGGUCUUCAGCCUCCUGGCUAUUGCCAUCGAGAGACACGUGGCCAUCGCCAAGGUCAAGCUUUAUGGCAGUGACAAAAGCUGUCGAAUGUUGAUGCUCAUUGGGGCCUCUUGGCUGAUGUCGCUGAUUCUGGGUGGCUUGCCCAUCCUGGGCUGGAAUUGUCUGGACCAUCUGGAGGCCUGCUCCACUGUCCUGCCUCUCUAUGCCAAGCAGUAUGUGCUCUGUGUGGUCACCAUCUUUUCUGUCAUCUUAUUGGCUAUCGUGGCACUGUAUGUUCGAAUCUACUUUGUCGUCCGUUCCAGCCAUGCCGAUAUUGCUGGUCCCCAGACGCUGGCCCUGCUCAAGACGGUCACCAUUGUACUAGGUGUUUUCAUCAUCUGCUGGCUCCCAGCUUUUAGCAUCCUUCUCUUAGACUUCACGUGUCCCGUCCGGGCCUGUCCUAUCCUCUACAAAGCCCAUUAUUUUUUUGCCUUUGCCACCCUCAACUCGCUGCUCAACCCUGUCAUCUAUACAUGGUGUAGCCGGGACCUUCGGAGGGAGGUGCUGAGGCCCCUGCAGUGCUGGCGGCAGGGGAAGGGGAUGACAGGUCGUCGAGGUGGGACCCCAGGUCACCGGCUCCUGCCCCUCCGCAGCUCCAGCUCACUGGAGAGGGGCUUGCAUAUGCCUACAUCACCCACGUUUCUGGAGGGCAACACAGUGGUCUGAAGGGGAGGGGUGAACUGACAGAUAACCAAAGCUACAGAGAGCUCUGUGAGGAGAGACCAGUUGACCUCGUGUGUCCCUCAGCACCACAGGCCUAGUGGAACCGACCACGGCUCAUAGGUCAGGUGGCCAAUGGAGGCGCUGACUAAACAGAUUGCAGCACCGUGACUGGGGACUGUUAAGGGUCUAGGGGACAGCAGGCUGGAUUAGGGCUGGAGCGUUUACCACUUGGUACAAAGGGUGUCAGCAUCCUGUCCUACCUUCCAGCUACCUGGCUCCCCUUCCUGCCUCCUUUUCAAAUAGGGCCUCUCUAUGUUGCCCUGGUUGGCCUAGAACUUGCUAUGCAGACCAGGCUGGUCUGGAACUCAGAGAGGUCACAUGCCUCUGCCUUCUGAGUGCUGGGAUUUUAAAGCUGUGUACCACCACACCCAGCUCCAGCCACCUUCCAUAGAUAACCUUAGGCCACUUGUGGAAACACUGUCCCCAGGGGACCCAAGGCUUCCUCCCUGUCUAUCUGAGGUCUAAAUCCACAGCUUCCCCAAUUUCACCAACUCAGUUGUCUCUUCCCUUUCCUUUCAUGUUUGGGGAAAGGAAACCACUGUGGUGGCAGCAGGGAGGAGCCUGGAAUCCCAGCCUCCAUCCUCAGACCUCACUGGCUACUUGCUCAAUUGGAGCACACAGAGGGAUUGGAUCAGUUGAGGGCUGGGGAAAUCAAUGUGGGGCAGGAGGUUUUGGUCUUCAAGUGAGAAAACUCUAGGGGGAGGUAUUGGUCAUUCUUGGAACUCCUAUCCCCAAAUCUAGCCUUCCUCCCCACAAACUAUUCCCACCACCCCGCUUUCUUCCUACCCCACGUACCAGGUCCCUUAAGGCAGGGCAGCCUUGAACCAAUGUGGACACUUGUAAAUUGUCUUUGUCAUUUUAAAAAUUGUGACAGGAUCUCCUAUAGCCCAGGCUGGCCUCCAACUUGCCGUGUAGCCAAGGCUUUGGACUUUUGAUCCUCCUGCCUCUACUUCCUGAGUUCAGGAAUCACAAGGGUGCACCACCAACACCUGUCUUGCGAGUUACCAUGAAUUACACAGUUAACAGAGACUGUGUGAGGCGGCCAAGGACAUUUCCGAGUACACACAUACGUAACCUUCCCUUGAAGGACUUCGCUCAAUCCUGUGGAGAAAUAGAAAGUCCAAUGCGGUACAAACUGUAUUUAUAUAUGCCUGUGUGCCAGUGUGUGGGGUCUGUGACCUAUCCCAGUGUGGGUGCUGCCUGACAUCUCAUGUUCACAUCCAAGUUGAAACUGCCAGAGAGAUGGGGUGGGGGUGUCUGGCCAUGCACAGGCCCCUUGGGGAUUGCUGCUGGUUCAUCUCUUCCACACAUAGAAAUCUCUGCCUCAAAGAAAUCUGUGAAAGAAAAGGCUGAGGAAGGGGAAAUUUGGGAUGCAAGGAGCCAGUCGGGAGUGUGUCUCCCCUCAUUUGGUUUCCCAGAUAUCCCCCUUGUGCUGGAGACCCAGAU